CUUGCUUGCUCGUGUUUGUUUGGUUCGUUCGUUCGUUCGUGAUUUCCCAUGCACUCACCCCAGCACAUCAACACAUUAACAUCGCACACACUUCACAGCGCGACACAUACACACACACGUGUCCAACGGUCCUUUCCCAAGCAGGUGCGAGUAAAGACGGGGAACAAACACUUUUUGUGGGUGCCUGUGUUGUUUCUUUUUUUCUCGCUCCAUCUUCGCUGACCAUCACACCACAACACACGCUCCAGCUCAGCAAAUCUGCCUGCCUGCAAGCACAUCACCCCCUAUCGACAAUCGCUUGUGGGCUUUGAAUUUUUUUUGUUGGCUUUGUUGUUGUGAGCGCGAGCAAGCAAACAAACCACCCGGACCUUGCCACGUGCCUCUUCACCUCACGCAUCCCGAACACGACAACCUCAGCUGCACCCUUUUCGUUGCUGCCUUUCCCAGCCUCUUCGCACGCGUUUGACCACAACGUUCGACACAGCAAGCCACAAGCGUGCCUGAGUGACCCUUCUCAACAACCCCCCCCCCUUCACAACACAGGCGUUGUUGUGCCAUGUCUGCUGAGAGCAGUCAAGAUGCCGUUGCCACCCAACACCGAGGCGUAGUCCCCAACGUCCCCAACGGCGGCGUGCACUCUGCCUCCUCCCAGUUUCAGCCCUUCAAGCAGGCCGCCGCCCCACAGCAGCAGUUUCACAACCAGCAGCUCGUGCCCGGUGCAUUUCAGGCCCCAGCCGCCUACCAGCAGCAACAACAACAGCUGUUCGCCCAGCAACAGCAUGCAAAUGGCCACGCAAAUGGCCACGCAAAUGGCCAUGCGAAUGCGCAUGCGAAUGGACAUGCCGACGGCAACGGCAACGGACAUGACGCUGUAACCAACAGCCAACAGGCGCGCAGCAAGACCCCCAUAGCCACACAACUGCUUGAAGAAGGCGAUGCAAUGACGACGAGCACCCGCCGGCGGGCCGGCAGCCUGUCGCGGGCGCGGGCAUCGAGCCUGCCCAUUGCGCCCAAGGGCGUACCGCUGCGCCGCGACCAGACCAAGGCAUACCUCAAGGCAACCACCCGCGCCACCGCGUCGCCAAUCACCGCGGACCACAUCUCGCAGCACCUGCACGACCUGUCGAUGAGCCCGGCCACCACCAUCGCCGUCACCACCACGGCCAGCAGCCCCGGGCCCCACCCCACGGCUACCAACGGCGGCGUGCGCACGCGCUCCAAGCUCUCACACGAGCAGCAGCACCCAAAGGACGAGGCGGUGGUUGGCGAUGGGGCCAUGGGCCGUCCGCGCGCACACACGUUGCAGGUGCCCAUGUACGCCCCGAGCCCGGGCGCGAUGGAGGUGACGCCGACAAAGGCAGGGACGCCGCGGGCGCGCCGCAGCUCGCGAAACGGCUCCAGGCCGCGCGGCAGCCGGUCCAAGAGCAAAGUGGAGGAGCCCGUGCAGCCAGACUCUGGCAGCGACGAGGACAACGCCGGCGACGAUGAUGACGACGACGACGACGACGGCACCCACCCGCGCUCCCGCCGCGUCUGCCACAACGAGCGCGAGCGGAGCCGGCGCAAGAACCUGCGCCAGUGCUUCCUGCGCUGCCAGCAGGUGACGCCGUCGAUUGCGCACGACCGGAAUGUGGCGGACCGGGUGCUGCUGCAGGAGACGCGGGACUAUGUGAUGAAGCUGCAGGAGGACCACGACACGCUGCGCCGCUCCAUCCGCGACCUCGAGUUUGAGCUCCUCGUCGCGCGCUCGGGCCACCCCGAGGUGUUUGGCGAGGACCGCGCAGAGAUGGAGAAGCUUGCUGAGCACCUGGCCCGGCUCAGCAGCCGUGAGGGCGCGUCCAUGCUGCUGCAGGCCAUGGACGAGUCUGAGGGCGGCGGGCUCAACGAGUCGUACCACGGCAGCACGGAGUACAGUCAGCACAUGGCCGCUGUCACAACCGCGCACGCAAACGGCAAUGGCAACGGUGCAGGCAGGCAGGCGCGCAGGGGCGGUUACGUUGUCGGGCGCAGACAACGGCAGGUUACCGUAUGACCACAACAGCAGCCGCUCCUCUUGUUCUUGUGGUUCGUGUAGCUGAUGAUGAUGAUGAUGAUGAUGAUGAUGAUGAUGAUGAUGUAUUAGUUUGUCCCCGUGUGUCCAAAUCACUCAGGAGCUGCGAGUGUGCUGGUAGCGAUGUCGGGCGUGUUGAGGGGAUUGCCAUGCGAACGCCAUGCUGUUGGCAUGGUUGCACUUGCCAAACCCUUUUGCAACCCCCCCUCCCCCGCUCUUUCUUUUAGUUUGCUUCCCGUCAAGGCCUGUGCUUGGAUGGUUUCCGUUACAUUACAACACUAAACACACGUUUAUGACGGUCCCCUGCUCGUUUCAUUCUUCCCUUCCCUUCUUUUUCGCAUUGUCACUCUCUUGUCUGUUGUUUCGCAUGAGUCCCGCCUUGCCUUCUUACUCUUCCUUUUCUUUACCCUUUUUGUUUGCUUGCAAGCAUGCUGUUGUUCUUUUGCGCCGCAUUGCUUGAGCGUUUAUUCGCAUCAAAGGCUGCCCUAUAAAUUGACCACAUCGU